AUGAAGGUUACACAAAAGCUUGAAGGUGCUCAUAAUGAUGAGCGGAGUCCCGCCUCAUUUUCAUUCGAGUUCUUUACCCCAAAAACAUCACAAGGUGUUCAAAACUUAUAUGAUAGGAUGGAUAGGAUGUAUAAUCUUAAUCCGUUAUUUAUUGAUAUCACCUGGAAUGCUGGAGGACGUUUGGGAACUUUGACCGCUGAGAUGGUUAAUGUUACAACAACAGUUUUGGGCUUAGAGACAUGUAUGCAUCUAACAUGUACCAAUAUGGGAUUAGAGAAAAUUGAUGCAGCCUUAGACUCCGCAUAUAAAUGUGGUUGCGAAAAUAUAUUGGCUCUUCGUGGAGAUCCGCCUUUAGAUGGAUCUGAGUCAACUGGUGUUUUCCGUUAUGCAAAGGACUUAAUUAAACACAUUAAGUCGAAGUAUGGCGAUCAUUUUUGCAUCGGUAUCGCUGCUUAUCCAGAAGGGCAUCCCGAAGAACAUGACAUUUCGAAAACGAUCAAGUAUUUAAAGGAGAAGCAAGAUGCCGGUGGAGACUUUAUUAUGACACAAAUGUUUUACGAUGUUGACAUAUUCAUUGAAUGGUGCAAGAAGUGCCGUGCAUCAGGUAUUACAAUUCCAAUUAUACCUGGAAUUAUGCCUAUAUCUACCUAUGCUUCAUUUCUACGGAGAGCUCAAUGGUGUGAAAUUCAUGUUCCGGAUCAUUUUUUGAAAAGACUUGAACCAAUUAAAGAGGAUGAUUCAAAGGUUCGUGAGGAAGGUGUUAAAUUGGUCGCUGAGAUGUGUAGAAAACUCCUAGAGUCAGGUUAUAUAAACCAUCUACAUUUUUACACAAUGAAUCUUGAAAAGUCCACAGUUAUGCUGUUGAAACAGUUAGGCUUAGUUUCAAAGCAGCAGGUUGUGGGAAUGGACACAAAACCAUGGAGGCGUUCUUUAAACCCUACUAGAUCAGAUGAGAAUGUCCGUCCGAUUUUUUGGCAAAAUAGGAAGUUUUCUUAUAUACAAAGGACAGCAGAUUGGGAUGAAUUUCCAAAUGGAAGAUGGGGCGAUUCGCGAUCUCCAGCGUUCGGAUCUAUAGAGUUGUGCGAUCAUGAAUUGAUUCGACACAGUCCAAAAAAAGCACUUAACUUGUGGGGAACCCCAUCCACCAUAGGUGAGCUUUCGUCAUUGAUUAUCAAAUAUCUUCAGGGAAAGUUAAGUUGUUUGCCAUGGUCUGAUGGUAAAGUAACGAGCGAGAUAGAUUUAAUUAAGGAUGCUUUAAUUGAUUUAAAUAGUCGGGGGGUAAUCACUAUAAACUCGCAACCUUCAAUUAACUGCUGUCCCUCUGCAGACAAGGUUCAUGGAUGGGGUCCGAAGAAUGGAUUUGUCUAUCAGAAGCAAUAUCUCGAAUUUCUGGUUCCUACGACAAGUGUUAACUUUAUCACAAACAAAAUCAAUGAAACCAACAGGGAUGCCGGGUACAGCGUCCUGUCAUAUUAUUCGAUUAACUCAAGAGGACUACUUUGCAGUAAUGUUCAAAGUUCUAGUGCAAUUAAUGCAGUUACUUGGGGAUGCUUCCCAGGUGAAGAAAUCACCCAGCCAACGAUUGUUGAGAAGAUUUCUUUUAUUGCGUGGAAAGAUGAAUUCUUCAGCAUUCUGAAAAAAUGGAUUUCUCUUUUCAAAAAGGAUCAUGACGUCGAAGGAGGGAAAUCCAUCGCACUGAUUGAAAUGUUGAUCAGAGAUUAUACGCUAAUGAACAUAGUAGAUAACGAUUACGUUGCAGAACCGAACACUAGAAUUUUUUCUGUCCUCAAGGCCACUUUCCCACUAAAGCAAUAA